CUCCCAACUUCCGGCUUCCGGCCGCGUCCCGGGUCGUCGCGCGCCGCCGUCAUGGCCGCGGAGGAGAAGGAUCCCCUGAGCUACUUUGCGGCUUACGGGAGCAGCAGCUCGGAGUCCUCGAGCGAGGAGGAUCCCAGCGAGCCGGAGGAGACAGGCCGCCAGACCUCGGAUCCGGCGAAGUCCGCGGGCGGCGGCGGCGGCGGCGGGAGCCGGGCGGAGAAGCGCCUGCCGGGGCCCGAGGAGCUGUUCCGCAGCGUGGCCCGCCCCGCCUUCCUCUACAACCCGCUCAACAAGCAGAUCGACUGGGAGAGGCGCGUGGUGAAGGCGCCCGAGGAGCCUCCCAAGGAAUUCAGAGUAUGGAAAUCAAACUAUGUACCUCCUCCGGAAACCUACACUACCGAGAAGAAAGCCCCGCCUCCAGAGCUGGAUAUGGCAAUAAAAUGGUCCAACAUAUAUGAGGACAAUGGUGACGAUGCCCCACAGAAUGCUAAGAAAGCUAGGCUUCUCCCUGAAGGGGAGGAGACGGUGGAAUCAGAUGAUGAAAAAGAUGAGCAUACUGCUAAGAAGCGCAAAGUAGAAGCAGGAGAACCGGCAAAGAAGAAAAAGUAAAAACCAUGACAAGAAGAAUUAAUUUCUUGGACUGCUAGACUUGUUCAAAUGUGUUGUUGAACAGAUUAAAUUGAAAUUGUGGAUUAUGACAAGUAUUUCUGAAAAUUAUGAACUAAUACGUAUUGCCUCAGAAUUUUCCGCUGUAGAAUUCUUUUGUUCUGUUUUGCUUUAAUUUAAAACCUAUGUAUUUAAAACUCCAGUGGUGACCUGUGAUUGUGAAAUUGACUGGACUUGGAAGCAUUCUUGUUAUGUAUCACAGAAUCAGUGACAUGCUUUAAGAGUUGUGUCACAUAUUGACCUGCCCGUGUUCUAUGAACCUUUUAUAAAGGAAUAUAUUUUUAAAGUAAAUAUAUUGUACUGUGAACUCGUGGGUGCUUUUCAUCAGUGUUUGUACAGUGUAAAUAGAUCAUGGAAAUAAAAUUAUUCAAUAUCUCUA